AUGUCGAAAAAGCGGAAGAGAGAAGUCGACGUCGAGCUCGUCAAUGUCUAUGAGCAGCUGGCCGACGACAAAGAGUCUGUCCGUCUCAAGGGCGCCCAUACUCUAGUGUCGACAAUCUUCAAGCCCGGCGUCACCAGCCACGAGCAGACCCGCACCAUCCUGACCCGUCUCUUCCGGGGUCUAUGCAGUGGACGCAAGGCGGCUCGUCUUGGUUUCUCCGUCGCCCUGACCGAACUGCUCUCGCAAUUGCCCUUGGGCCCCGAAGCAAACACGGAAGACCAAGACCACUUGUCGGUCUCUGCCCUGAUCGACAUCCUCGAGGCUCAGACUGUCCCAGAAGGCGGCACGACUGGCCAGGAUGAACGUGAUCACUACUUCGGGCGAGUAUUUGGCGCCGAUGCUGUCUUGAAGGCCGGCAUACUCUGGAAGAAGCCCGAUCCCGAUCUGGCGGCCUGGAAGCGCCUCCUGGAUCUGAUCUGUGGCGUGGCAACAAAGAAGCCCUGGCUCCGGCGGGAAUGUGGAUGGAUCUUAGCCACCUGCCUUGCUUCCAAUCGUGACAGCUUACCAGAUGCGUUUGCAGUCGAGGUAAUUGAAAGGCUAGCCGCCCAUAAACUGGUCCGCACCCCCGAAGGAGUUGCCAUAUGGUUGACGGCAGAGAGACUGUUUCCCGCUGCCAAGCUGCCAAAAUGGGUCUGGAAGAACGGCGACCCGUUGGCGAAGAAGGAUGUCAAUGUGCUGGCCGAUGUUCUCAAAGAUGCUCGAGCACAAUCGGACCAAGCAGACAAGGAGCUGGAACCUCAGGGCUCGGCGAGAUGGUCAGCCAGCCUACAUUUUGCCUGGGAUGUUGUGCUGGAUGAGUUGUUUCGAGAAGAUGCCAAAGACAAACCCAACAGGAUCUCGUUCAACCUGUUCUGGGACACGGCCGUGGAUAAAAGUCUUUUCUCGCCAUCCAGCAGCACUGAGAGGAGAUCUUGGGGGUUCGCUGUCUGGACGAAAGUGUUUGAGAGAGCUCCCCAGAAACUGCUGCAGUACACGUUCACACCUCAAGCCACGCAUUAUUUGGCCAAUUCCCUCAAGAGUCCGGAAAGAUAUCUCCAGAAACACGCAUUGAAAGUCGCCCAGAUCUUUCACACCCGCCUAGUUGCCGAUGAUGACAGUGCUCCUGGGUUUGGGCUGGCGGGUGCCUGCGUCCGGGCUCUCCUGGAGAGUGUCUCGUAUGGUGACUUUGACCAACUUACGAAGUCCAAGACUUUCCAAAGCCUGGUGGACGUGAAUGAUCCUCGUGUCCUGAACGCUAUCCUGUUGACUCUAGAAUCACUGCUCAGAACGUCACGGCCUGACGAGGACGACAAGGCGACCUUGACUCGGCAGAAGACCAUCAUCAGCCUAGAAUCCAAAUUGGUCUCGGCCUUACUGCGAGGUUCAGAACAAAAAGCAAAACCAGAGCGCACCAUCGACGAGCACAAGACCCAGCUUGCGAAAACAAUUACAGGCUCUUGGGCCGGACAAGUGACCCAUUUGGAUGCUUCGACGAAGAAUGGCCAUGGCGAUGGCCUCAGAGCUGCCAUCCUACCCGAAGCACUAGAGUUCAUGAAAGAGCGCCUUGCUUUGGCUUUCGAACAAGCACUGAGGCUGGGCCCAGCCGGGGCCGACAUCCUGCUGCACACCGUCCUCCAUAUUCACCAGCUAGAACAGAGCCUGAAAUCGAGGCCGUCUAUGUUCGACGAUGGUAUCGCAGACAUCGUGCAGGAAGGUUGGCGCAAGCUCGCGAGUAUCCACACCACGUUCGCCGUGUCCAGCCAGGUCCCGGUCAAGAAGCCGACAGAACGCCAAAAGGGCGCCAAAGCUGCUAACGAUACUGCCACCGAGACUUUCCCGACAUUUUCAGAUGGCUUGUGCCUGUUGUACUCUGUGGUGCUCUUUCAGAUCUACCUCGGAGAAAGUGACGCGGUGGAAAUACUGCAGGAGCUCCUUCAACACCACCAGCGUUUGGAUUCGAAGAAGCACAGCAAAUCCGACAGAGGUGUAGAAGCCGAGUCGAUUGAUGCCAUUGUCGAGAUAAUCCUCAGCUUUUCCUCCAAGCCGUCCAAGUUCCUGAGACGGAUCUCGGUCCAAAUCUUCGACGCUUUUGCUCCACACAUCACGGCCCAAGGGCUCGAAUCGUUGUGUCGGGUUUUGAAAACGAAAGAGAACGCUCAGGGCCAGCAAGAAAUGUUCCAAGCAGAAGACGUCGUCAUGGAGGAUGGGACGAGCGUUGACUCGGACGUGGAGGAACUCGACUCUGACGUAGAGGUUGAAUCCGUGUCGGACGAAGACGAAUCUGGCGAAGAUGAAGAUUCGUCGUCCGAGUCCAGCGCAGAGUCGGCAGCCACGUCGGACGACGACGACGACGAGGAUGGAGAAGACGAGGAAGAUGGGGAAGAUGGGGAAGAUGAAGAACUAGCCAAAUUUGACGCCGCGCUGGCGUCUGCUCUCGGCACUCGACGACUCGACCAAGACGACGUCGCGGCCGAUGGCGACAGCUCCGACUCAUCGGAUGCAGACAUGAACGACGACGAAAUGAUGGAGCUGGACACGAAGCUGGCCGAGGUUUUCCGGGCGCGGAACGAGCAACAAUCCAACACGCACAAGAAAAAGACGGCCAAGGACGCGCGAGAGAACGUGGUCAACUUCAAGAACCGCGUGCUCGACCUGAUCGACUCGUACCUGAAGCACCAGCAGCACAACGCCCUGACCCUCGACCUGAUCCUGCCGCUCCUGACCCUGGUGCGCAGCACGCGCACCAAGCAAUUGGCCGAUCGCGCAUGCAACAUGCUCCAACAGUUCUGCUCUCGCGCCAAAGGGGCCAAUGUGCCGGAUCUGACAGCGGCGGCGAAGGCAGAGGCCAAGGCGGAGGCAAAGGCAGAAUCCAAGAUCAAGAUCGCUCAUGCCCUCGACACGCUGAGAGCCAUCCACGCCGAAGCGGGAAAGGAGUCGUCCAACCUCCAUUCCAGCGUCGCCGGCCAGACGAGCAUUCUUGUGGCCAAAGCCGUGGUCAAGGCCGACCCGAGCCGCGUCCGAGACCUGGUGGACGUCUACGCGGAGACCAGGCUGCGCCAGUUGACCGACAAGCGGUGCCGAGUCGUCCCGGGUUUUUUUACUGAUUGGAACAAUUGGUGUCAGAGUGUGAGGGAGAAGUUGGCAAGUUGA